AUGUUGGACCGGCAUCUGGCAUUCCGCACGGCAGCACCCAGCGACCUGCAUCGCGUGCAUUCCCUGGAAGAGGCCGGAUACCCGGCUGACGAAGCAGCCUCCCUCGACUCCCUCACCUACCGCAUCCACCAAGCCAGCUCGGUGUUUCUGGUGGCGACACUUGGCAGCGAGCUAGUGGGGUUCGUAUGCGGCACUCAGACGGCCAGGGACGAGCUGGACCAUGCGUCAAUGUUCACACAUGACCCCCAAGGCAUUUUUCGCCUGCGCACAGCGAGAAUGGCUGCAAGGAGCAGGCACCUCAACACGCUCCUGCUGAUGCUGCCGCUGCUCGCCGUCGUAUUAGUAGCUGGUAAAACGCCCGAUGGUGGCAGUGCGGAGCAGCAGCUGCAGCAUGAUCACAGCGGUCUCGAGCCCACGUCCACAGCCCUCGCCCAACUGCGGGGAGGAGUGGCGAGCAGCGGCCGGCUCUUAUCAUCCCAAUCGUCUCCACCUUUGCGGCCCUCCGUCGCCUCGGCCAUCGACUCCUUGUCCCGCUCCCCUUCCCGCUCCCCUUCCCGCUCCCCUUCCCGCCCCUCUUCCCGCCCCACUUCCCUCCCCCCUUCCCGCUCCCCUUCCCCCGCCUCCCCCUGCUCCUCCGUCUGCCCCGGGGGCUAUGAGUUUGAGCCUGUCGCCUCGGGCAUAAAGGACGAUCUGCUGGGCUCCGUGAUUGUUCUCCUGGACGACGUGCCAGACGUAGACACAGACGCAGACACAGACACAGAUACAGACACAGACACAGACACAGGCAGCGAGAGUGGGGCUGGCGAGGAGAGUGGUGAGGACGAGGAUGAUAGGGAGCUUGGGAACGGGCGCGGUGGAGGUGAUGUGGAGGAGGUGGAGAAGGAGACUGAGAGGGAUAACAGUUGGGCGGACGAGUUGAUGGGACAGGGGAAAGGGCAGGAACAAGGGAAGGGGCAGGGACAAGGGCAGGGGCAGGGACAGGGGCAGGGGCAGGGGCAGGGGCAGGGCAAAGGACAGGGGCAGGUGAAGAAGCGGAGUUGCAAAUGCGUGGAGCCAUACCACGUGUCGCUGCUGUUCUCCUUCUGCCCCUCCAACAUCACCCUCUCGCCCCGCCUCAACCCCGCCCUCUCCUCCCCACCCGGCCGCCCUGCCCCAGUUCCUCCAUCAUCCCCUUCCUCGUCCGGUUCCCCACCCGCGCCUGACAGGCGGGCGGCGGACGCUGGCACUGACAGCUUCUUCCCGUGGUUCAAACCCAAAGGACCCAUUGGGCGCAACGACCCACCCCGGUCACAGCUAGACGAGGACGACGAUGAUCAGAGCGUUUCUUAUCAGGGCGACAGGCAGGGAAGGGCAGGGCAGCAGGGGGGUGAUGCAGCAGAGCGGGGAAAUGCUCCUCCGGCAGCCAUGCCUGCUAACCUGCCAGAGCUUGAUUUCCAUUGCCUGCCUCUGCUGCUCCCCUCCUCCCCGCCCCUCUCGAGGAACCCACCUGCCACUGAAGCAGUGCGGAAUGCGACAACAGCAGCGGUGGCGACGCUGUUCGCCCCGCCCGCGCUCGCCCGCUUCGCAGGGAGCAUCAUGGUGCUGCUGGCGCUUAACAUCGCCGCCACCGCCGUGGCAGUCACUCCCGGCGGCCUCACAGGCGUGGACCUUGCGAUCUACCCCCGCCCGGGCUUCGACGGCUUCCUUCCCGAUGAGGAACAGCAGCUCAAAACGCAUCUCGUAGCCAUCGGCCGGGGCGCGUAUGACGUGGAUGUGGGGCCGCGGGGUCCUGGUGCGGUGUGGAACGGUUCUGAGGGUUCCCAACACGGUACUGGUGGGUAUUGGAGACGGGAAAAGGGUUCGGGAAGGGGGAAUGGGAGUAUGGGUGGUACCCCUCCUGGUGGUUCUUGGGCUGAGAAGAUGCCUACCGGGCCUUCUCUCUUUGGGGUGUUCUUUCACGUGGGCGAUGUUACGGUGCCGGCUCCCAACAGCAGCAGCAGCAGCAGCAACGUCACUGGCAACAACAUUGCUGUAAACGACCCUGCUGCUGCUGAAGCUGGAGAAUCCCCUGUGGACGGCUGGCCUGUCCCGAAUGCGGAUUCUUCCAGCAGCAAUGCCACGAGCGCUGCUGAUUCUGCCUCGCCUACCGGCCUCUCCACCCCUCUCAUCGUAGCCAUUGCUCUCGCUGCAGCUGCUGCUGCCGCCACUGCCGCCAUUGCUGCUGUCCUGCUCUUCUGCCCCUCCUCCUGCUGCGGCGGCAGGAGGAAGCACCGCAGGAGUGACAGCGCGAGCAACGGCGGUGGCAAGGGUGGCGGGAAGCUGUUUGGGGCGAAUCUGCGAGUGUUUGGAGGGAAGGGGCUCGAUGGAGGGAUGGUGAAGCUGAAUGGUUUCCGCAAGGCGCUUGGAAGCAAAGCCUUUGCUCGACUCAUCCCUGAUCCAGAAGCCAUCCUCGCUACAGGCGCACUCGAUAUAAGCUACACCGCCAUCGAAGCCGCCACGCACCGCUUCAGUGAGAAGAACCUUCUGGGAAGGGGCACGUUCGGGCGCGUGUAUAAAGCUACACUUCCCAACGGCCUGAGGCUUGCGAUCAAGCGGCUCGACCUGUUCGUUGCUGGGGGGGACGUUGGGCGAGGGGGAGGGACAGGAGGUGGGAGAGUGGGAGGCCAAGCAGGGGUGUCCAGGGAAGCUGCCAGGAAGCUGUUCGUGCAGCAGGUGGGUGGUUUGUCUCUUGUGGUAGAGGCACUCUCUCUUAUACGCUGCCCGCACGUGGUGCCACUGCUGGGCUACUCCACAGAUGGUGUCAGUGCCGUGGAGGCAUUAUCUCUCAUGCGCUGCCCGCACGUGGUGCCGCUGCUCGGCUACUCCACGGAUGGCGUCAGUGCCGUGCUGGCGUAUGAGUUUGUGCCCAAUGGUAGCCUGCACGACCACCUGCAUGGCUCGGGUCGGCUGGACUGGGCGCACAGGGUGAAGAUCGCUGUUGCUGUGGCCAGGGGCCUGCAGAGCCUGCACCAGCGCCUGGUCCCCAUCGGCCCCGCCUGCCCUCUCGCCCACCCCCAUGAAGACAGUGCCUCCCGGGACCCGUCCCACGAGCGCCCAGCAGCAGCAACCGGCCAAUCAGCUUCAUCCACCUCACCUUACACCACGAACCCCGGCUACAGCUCCAACACUGCCCGCCUCACCCCCACCGAUGCCUCUUCUGACUCGCUUCAGAGUGGUGCCAGUGGUGCCUUUGCCUCCCCCCACAGCUCCCUGCCCUCGUCCCUGAGUGGCUCCCCUCACAAGCUGGACACGCUGCAGGAGAGCCCGCUGGAGGGCGAGGGGGACGGGGACGGGGAGGGUUAUGGGGAAGGGGAGGAGGAGUUUCUUGUCUCUGUGGGUCACGGGAAUGGGUGUGGUGACAGCGAUAGCUACAGCAGCAGUGGGGAGUUUGAGAGCGGGGUGGGGAGUGGAGUUGGCGGGAUGGGGAUGGGUGGGGAAGGGGAGGAGGAGGGCGAAGGGGAGGGCGUGGGGGGGAGGGAGGAGGUGGUGGUGAGGGAUGGGAGGCGGUGGGUGCGGGCGGUGCAUGCGAACCUCAAGAGCGCCAACGUCCUGCUUGACAACUCGGGGAAUGCCAAGGUGACGGACUACUGUCUCUCGCGCCUGGCAGAGGACGCUCUUCCCACCAGGCGGGGCGGUAGAGCCACGGGCACGUUCGGGUACCUCGCUCCAGAAGGGGUGCUGUUCGGUGUGAACACGCAGCGCAGCGAUGUGUACAGCUUUGGAGUGAUCCUGCUGGAGCUCAUCACAGGGCGGCGCCCCAUCGACCUCUCCAAGCGACCCGACGAGCAGUCCCUCGUCUCGUGGGCUGUGCCGCUCAUCGACAGGGAUGAGACGCUCGCCAUUGCUGACCCUGCCUUGCGGAACCGCUUUCCACCAACCAGCUUCCACCACCUGGCCACUGUCGCGGCAGUGUGCGUGCAAUCCGAGCCGUCCUUCCGGCCAACGAUGACGCAAGUCCUUGGAUCGCUGGUCCCUCUCAUUGACCUCGCCGAGCAGUGGAAGAGCCAGGGGAAGCCUCAUGCUGGGCCUCUCAAGUCCGCUUCUCCGCCCUCAUCCGGUUUGACGGAGAAUGGUGAGCACGGUCCUGGUGGCUCACCUAGGCCGUCGACCCCGCAUCGCGUGAUCCAAAUCGACAUCGGCCACCCGCCGGCCGUCCGCAAGAAAGCCACCGUCUGGCCGUCAGACAACCCGCUGGAAGACACCCUGUCGUGGGGCUGGCAGAAGGCGGCGGAAACCGACGGCGGAAGCGGCGGCGGCGGAAGCGGCGGCGACGCGGCGGAGAACUGCUUCAUCAACACGCUGGUGGUGGGGGCGACGACGUGCCGCGGCGACGGGCGCGGCGACGAGGAGGAGGUGAACGGGAAGCCGAACCUGGUGAUGAUCCACGGGUACGCCGCCGCGCUGGGGUUCUUCUUCCGCAACUACGAUGCGCUGGCCGAGCACUUCAACGUCUACUCCAUCGACCAGCUCGGGUGGGGAGCAUCUAGUCGCCCCACGUUCACGCCCGCGUCUCCUGAAGAGGCGGAGACAUGGUUCGUGGAGGCACUGGAGGCGUGGCGGAAGGAGAUGGGGCUGCGGCGCUUUGUGCUGCUCGGCCACUCCUUUGGGGGCUUCGUCGCCUCAAGAUACGCGCUCAAGUACCCAUCCCGAGUGCUCCAUCUGGUGCUGGUGGGCCCAGCGGGCUUCAGCCACGAGUCAGCCAAGAUGCAGCACUUCCGCUCCACGUGGAAGGGCUUUGCGUUCCAGUGCUACUGGGACACCAACAUCCCGCCGCAGCAGUUCAUUCGGUGGCUGGGUCCCUGGAGUCGGGACAUAGUGAAGAGCGCCACAGCACAGCGAUGGUCUGAUCUGCCACCACCACAAGAGAACAUGACCCCCGAGCAAGUGGACGCCUUCUGUGACUACAUAUACCAGACGCUAUCAGCGCCCAUGAGUGGCGAGCAGUGCAUGAAAUUCAUCUUCUCCCUCGGAGCCUUCGCUCGCCGCCCGCUCAUCGACAGUGCGGUGCACUGGAAGGCGCCGACAACGUUCAUCUACGGGGAGCAGGACAUCAUGGACCAUCGGGCGGGGUUGGCAGCGGCCAAGCAGAUGCCAGUUCCGGCAGAGGUGUUCAACGUGCGCGAGGUUGGUCAUAUGCUAUUUUUGGAAAAGCCUACCAUUUUCAGGGAUGCCAUUCUGUAUGCGUGCCGAGACAUUCUCCCUGCAAGUUGCUCCACAGUGGAUGCGGCAUGGAAGCAUGUGGAACCUCACCACAUCCCCCUCACUACCUGCCAUAAGAUUCACCUCGAUAUGACAUCAACGGUUCUGAUUGCACCGCAAGGGAACAGUGGCGUGAGAAGAUUAGCCAGCGGCUGGGGGAUUGGUUGA